AUUAUUAUUAUUAUUAUUAUUAUCAUCAAUAUCGACCCUUAUUCAAUAAUACUUCUGUGUUCAAGGGCCAGCCUGCAUUCAUUGACGUAAUAUUCGUUCGCAGGCUUCCCCACCAAGAGGUCACACCGUUUUCGCAUUCAAGUGCUUGGUGGGAGCGUUGGACAGGCUGGCGGCGGCGUUAAAAUGGCGCUGCUGAACGACACAGAAGGCCUCAGCGAUCUACCGGUGGACCUGCAAAACGUCAGCUCGAUGAGCCUGGGCGCCCAGAUCUUCAUCGGCACCUUCCUCUCCAUCAUCAUCAUCAUGGCAGUGUCGGGCAACAUCCUGGUGUGCGUGGCCGUGCUGACGGACCGUAACCUGCGCAAGGUCGGCAACCUCUACAUCGUGUCGCUCAGUUUCGCCGACAUGACGCUGGCCUGCCUGGUGAUGACGUUCGCGCUCACCAACGACCUGCUGGAGUACUGGCCGUUCGGUCCGCAGUACUGCGACACCUGGAUCGCCUUCGACGUCAUGUGCAGCACGGCCAGCAUCCUCAACCUGUGCGCCAUCUCGCUCGACCGCUACAUCCACAUCAAGGACCCGCUGCGCUACGGCCGCUGGAUGACCAAGCGGGUGGUGACGCUCAGCAUCGGCGCCAUCUGGGUGAUGGCCGCGCUCGUGUCGUUUCUGCCGAUCUCGCUGGACCUGCACCGGCCGCAGCGCGCGUCCGCCGCCGAGCCAGUGGACGAGCGCGGCCUGCCGCAGUGCGCGCUUGAUCUCACGCCGCUGUACGCAGUCGUUAGCAGCUGCAUUAGCUUCUACAUGCCGUGCAUCGUCAUGCUGGCCAUCUACAGCAAGCUCUACCUGUACGCCAAGCAGCACGUGGAGAGCAUCAAGGCGCUGAGCAAGCCGGUGAUGUUCGGCACCAUCGAUGGCGUGGCGCCACCGCCCGCCUGCAACCUGUGUCACGUGUCUGAGAGCAAAGCGGCCACCACAGUCGGCUUCAUCGUGGGCAUCUUCCUCGUCUGUUAUGUGCCCUUCUUCUGCGUCAACAUCGUGGCAGCGUUCUGCAAGACAUGCGUGCCACGCCUCGUGUUUCAAACGCUCACUUGGUUCGGCUACAGCAACAGCAGCUUCAACCCCAUCAUCUACUCGAUCUUCAACGUCGAAUUCCGUGAGGCCUUCGGCCGUAUCCUGGCUCGCGCACGGCGCGCCUGCGUGCGGUUCUGCCAGGUGGGGCUGCGGUCGGGCCGCGCCUGCCAGCUGAAGUCGGUGACGUCCGUCACGCGGCUGUCGACCGGCUCGGCGCUGCCCGGCGCCGACUCGCCGUACGUGGAGCGGGUGACGGCCAUCUGACC